AUGGCAGAAACUUUAUCCAAAACUCAACAUCCAAACCCAAACAUCGAAAAUUCAAUACCAAUUGGCAUCAAACUGGACGAUACUAACUAUGCCUUGUGGUCCCAAAUUAUGGAGAUGUACAUCUCUGGAAAAGACAAGAUUGACUAUGUGAAUGGUGAUUCUCCAUUGCCUCCACAAACUGAUCCCAACUUUCGAAAGUGGCGAACGGACAACGCCAUUGUCAAGAGUUGGUUAAUUAACUCCAUGGACCCAGCCCUUAUUGGAAACUUCAUUCGUUUUUUCCACAGCGAAGGACGUAUGGGAUGUGAUUGCUACGAUGGGCUGUGGCAUGAGAUUGACUUUCGCCGCCCCAAUCCAAUGGAAUGUGCCACCGAUAUUCAACACUAUAACAAGAUGGUCCAAGAAGAUAGAGUUUACACCUUCUUGGAUGGACACAACGACCACCUGGACAGCAUUCGCAACAGCGUAUUGCAGAUGAAGCAGUUUCUCUCCAUAGAACAAGCCUACGCACAUGUUCGCAGGGAGGCGCUUAGGCAUGCAGUUAUGGCCCCCAUCGACGCCGACGGCACCUUCAGUGCGGUUCUAGCCACCAAGGGAAUUAAGCUGGGUCCAAUUAUUGCCUCUUCUAAUGGGUCGAAGUCUAUGGCUCUCAACAAAACACACGGCACCAACAGUGGAAAAUUAAAGGCUGAAGGGGCUAAAUGCUCACACUGUGGAAAUAUAAGGCACACACGUGACAAUUGCUUUAAACUUAACAAGUAUCCAGACUGGUGGCACGAACUACAGGAAAAAAAGAAAAGGGACAUGGGAGGUACAGAUGGGCGUAAGGGUAAGGUGGCUGUGGUGACCGCUGAACCCCAAUUGUCUCUACUACCCAAAAUUGAGUCUCCUCAAAGUGCAGGUCCUACAUUAGAUAUAGGUAAUUUUGGUUCCGCGUUAACUACCACCUCAAGGGACGAGAAUAGGGGUGCUUGGUUACUCGACUCUAGAGCCACUGACCACAUGACAUAUGGUGUGAAAGAUUUUACUCAGAAUUCCAUACCUCGACGCACCAGUGUUACAAAUGCCAAUGAGGUCGUUUCUCAAGUCACAGGAGCCGGCUCUGUGACUUUGUCCCCCUCAUUACAUUUAUCUCAUACAUUACUUGUGCCGUUACUUUCACAUAAAUUAAUUUCUGCUAGUCAGGUUACUACUGAACUAAAUUGUGCGGUACUCAUUUAUCCUACAUUUUGUUUUCUUCAGGAUAUUCUCACGAAGGAGAUACUUGGGCGUGGUACUAAAAGAGGGGGACUAUACUACAUGGAUAAUUUCAGUGUGGGAUGCGCACAUCACAUACGAAGUAAUGAAAAUGAACAACAGAUUUGGCUUUGGCAUCGCCGCUUGGGACAUCCUUUGUUUAGCUAUUUGAAACAUUUAUUACCUAGUCUUUUUUCAAAUGUUGUGCUUUCUGACUUCAAAUGUAAUACUUGCAUUUUGGCCAAAAGUCAAUGUGCUUCCUAUUCGCAAAGUAUGAAUAAAAGGAGUAUUCCAUUUGCUUUAAUCCAUUCUGAUGUGUGGGGUCCAUCACCUAACUCUAUUGGAUCUAAGGUUAGUUGGUUUGUCAUCUUUGUCGAUGAUUGUACUCGCAUGACAUGGCUAUACCUGAUGAAGCACAAGAAUGAAGUACUACAAGUAUUCCAGUCAUUCCAUGCCAUGAUUCGGACUCAGUUCUCAGCCAAGCUCCGAGUUAUACGAUCAGACAAUGGUGGCGAAUAUGAUAAUCAACGCUUUCGCACCUACUUUGAACACCAUGGUCUAAUUCAUGAGACAACAUGCCCUCGGACUCCUUAA